AUGCAUCUCUGUUUGCAUCCGACCUCUCUGUUUUGCAAGAUUCCCACCAAAAGACCGAUCAAGUUAAUUUCCGCAGAUCUGACAGAGAAGAGGAAUACCUCUUGUUCCUCUUCUGCUGUCAAGUUCUGAAUGAGUGGCUCCAACUGGCCUGUUUUGAUGUUGAGGAUCUUGGAACAUAUUUCCGAGUUUAAUAUGGUCAUCAAGGAUUUUACUCCAUCCAUGGAUAUCCAUAUACCCGUCACCAUCGAAAUCUACGCUCUUGAACCAGUCUCUAACUUGCUUUGAGUCGGCUUUGACGCCGAAGUCUUGUAG